CGUCUUUCAGGUUUUCGCCGCCUUUCCGCUUCCUUUCUGCCUGCACGAGCUUGCUAGCGAACAUACGAGACUCCCUCUCUCCGCAAAGAUGCGUUACGUGGCUGCUUACCUGCUUGCUGCCCUUGGAGGCAAAGAGAGUCCCAGCACUGGUGACAUCAAGAAGAUCCUGGAGAGUGUCGGCAUCGAGGCUGACGACAACCGCAUGGGCAAGGUAGUCUCGGAGCUCAAUGGCAAAAAUGUAGAGGAAGUGAUUGCCACAGGUUUCAGUAAACUGGCCAGUGUGCCAUCAGGUGGUGCUGUGGCAGUUUCCAGCUCUGCUGCACCAGCCGCUGGAGGAACUGCAGCCGCCCCUGCAGCAGAGGAGAAGAAAGAAGAGAAGAAAGAGGAGUCUGAAGAAUCCGAUGACGACAUGGGAUUCGGACUCUUUGACUAAAUCUGUCUCCUCAGGACCUAAAUAAAAUUUGCUACAAAAAUGUU